AAUGAAGGAAGUGUGUUGGGGGUGUAAACUGUGUAAGGGGUUCCAAAUAUAACCGCCUCAGCAGCAAUUGAUGAAAAUCAGGCUGAUCGAAUUAGCUACUUUUACUUCCUCUCACUCUCAGCGCAGUCGCAGUCGCAAGCGAUUUCCGAUACAGAGAAUCUCGCUUCUUCUACAAUGGACUCCAAUCCCUUUCUCGAUGGCAACAUUCACAAUAUUCUCGACUCUCGAUUCCUUCACACUCGUCCUGAUGUUAAUCAGAGUUUGCAGACACACUCUUCCUUGAUUCGGAGGCUUUCUCAAGAUAAAGAGUUAGAGGGGCAUUUUGGUUGUGUCAAUGCUGUGGCUUGGAAUUCAAACGGUUCAUUAUUGAUAUCCGGAUCAGAUGAUACGCGGAUCAACAUUUGGAGUUAUUCUGGUCAGAAACUACUGCAAUCAAUUGACACCGGACAUUCUGCAAAUAUAUUCUGUACUAAGUUCAUACCAGAAACUUCUGAUGAGCUUGUAGCCUCUGGAGCUGGAGAUGCUGAAGUUCGGUUAUUCAAUAGGUCUCGCUUAAGUGGGAGUGGAUUUAAUGAUAAUGCCAUUGCUCCAUCAGCACUUUACCAAUGCCACACUCGUAGAGUCAAGAAAUUGGCUGUUGAAAAUGGAAACCCCAAUGUGGUAUGGAGUGCUAGUGAGGAUGGAACCUUAAGACAACAUGAUUUUCGGGAAGGUACCUCUUGUCCUCUGGCAGGAUCUUCACACCAAGAAUGUCACAAUGUUCUACUUGAUUUACGGAAUGGAGCUAAACGGUCCCUUGGCGAUCCUCCUAAACAAGUCCUUGCUUUAAAAUCUUGUGACAUUAGUUCAGCUAGACCUCAUUUGCUCCUUGUUGGUGGGAGUGAUGCCUUUGCACGUCUGUAUGAUAGAAGGAUGCUACCACCUUUAAGCUCCUGUGGGAAAAGAAUGCCUCCACCUCCUUGUGUUAAUUAUUUCUGUCCAAUGCAUCUUUCUGAUCGUGGACAUCCAAGCUUGCACUUAACUCAUGUUGCGUUUAGUCCUGAUGGAUGCGAAGUUCUCCUCAGCUAUAGUGGAGAGCAUGUUUACUUGAUGAAUGUAAAUCAUGCUGGAGUGAAUGAGAUGCAAUAUACUUCAGGAGAUGUUUCAAAGCUGACGACUUACUCUCCAAUAGUUAAUGGGGCAGAAUUGCAGCCUUUUGUGUCUAAUGUCUUCCCAAAUGGUUUUCCUACUAAAAAGAACAUUGCUGCAAAGCUUGACAAGUGUAGGAAACUAAUAAAAUAUGCUAAGAAGUCAUUGGAGGAGGGGACACCCUAUUAUGGAAUUGAGGCAUGCAAUGAAGUUUUGAAUGGCUACAAUCAUAUUAUUGGGCCUGCACUAAAACAUGAAUGCUUGUGUACACGUGCUGCACUAUUGCUCAAGAGGAAGUGGAAAAACGAUGCUCAUAUGGCUACAAGGGACUGCCAUGCUGCUAGGAAAAUCGAUAAAUCUGCAUAUAAACCACUUUACUACAUGUCAGAAGCAUUGUCUCAGUUGGGUAGACACAAAGAAGCUUUGGAAUUCGCUGUUGCUUCCCACUCGCUGGCCCCAUCCAAAGCUGAAGUUGCUGAAAGAGUGGCAAAUGUGAAGAAGGAUAUUGUUUUAGCUGAAACUGAGAAAAAUAGUAAGACAAAUAAUGUAGCGUCAAGGAUUGACGGAAGAGGUGGAAGAAUAUUAUCAUUAAGUGACAUACUCUACCGAUCAGAGGCUAAUAGUGAUUCUUCACAAGAUGAUCAGAGAUCUGAGAGGGAUGAUUCUGAUUACGAUGAGGAAUUGGAGUUGGACUUUGAAACAUCGGUAUCUGGCGACGAAGGACAUGAUUCUGAUUCAAAUAUUCUUCAUGAGAGUUUGAAUCUUAGAAUUCAUCGCAGAGGCGACUCGAGAGAAAAUGUUGGUGCAAGUGGAUCGUGCGAAUCACCCUCAUCGUCAUCAUCACAGAAUGGCAGAGCAUCAUAUCAGCCUGAAGCAGCUAUUGACAUGAAGCAGAGAUUUAUUGGUCACUGCAAUGUGGGGACUGAUAUAAAACAGGCCAGCUUUCUAGGUCAAAGAGGUGAAUAUGUUGCCAGCGGAAGUGAUGAUGGAAGAUGGUUUAUUUGGGAAAAGCGAACUGGUAGACUCAUGAAAAUGCUGAACGGCGAUGAAUCUGUUGUAAAUUGCAUACAAUGUCAUCCAUUUGAUUUUGUUGUGGCAACCAGUGGUAUUGAUAGCACAAUAAAGAUAUGGACUCCAAGCGCUCCUGUUCCGUCUUCUGUAGCUGGUGGUUCUGCAGGACCAGAAACUGGUGAUGUGUUGGAUGCUAUGGAGAACAAUCAACAAAAGUUAUCCCGUAAUCGGGAUUCACUCCUGCCCUUUGAGCUCUUAGAACCAUUUAGAAUGCAUGAGUUUCCUGAAGGAUCACUACGCUUGCGCCCUUUUGAAUGUGCCCAAAGCUAAAGAUUCGCUGAUUUUCACCUACUGGUGCUAUGUUCCGCGGUACUUGUGAACCUGGACUGAGAUGAUCUAGAUGGGAGGCCAUUGUUGGUGAUAGGAGCUUUGACCAUGGGAGACAUUUUGAAGAGAAUAAGUUGAAACAUGAAAGUAAAUUAUGGAGUAUUAUCUGGAAUUUCUUCUUCUAGUAAACAAGUAUUUUCCUGAAUUUAUCUCCUAGAAUAUUGUUGAAUUUUUUGAAAAUAUGUACAAAAUUAACAAUUGCUGUGUUUGCUGAUAUGUGUAUAGUUUUCUAGUGGUCCCUGAAUUAAAAUAAUUGAUUUGAUUGAAUUCAAUUUAUGUGUAUA